CAUCUAAUUUUCGUCCUUCGGUGCGCCAUCUUAGUCGGUGUUUGCUAAAAACCACCCCUUUACCUCGCGUUUAUUUUAGGCGAAUGUGUGAUCUUUAGGGGGUCGUUUGACCCUCGGACAUAAGGAUUGUAAUAGUGUAAACAUAAACAUGGCUUCCAAAAUGGGACAAAGUGUUAUGGACCGCGUAACAGCGGCCAAACACACUAUAGCUGGCCAAGGUUUGGCCAAAACCGUUUGUAAAUCAACAACAGAAGAAGUUAUGGGGCCGAAAAGAAAACAUUUGGAUUAUUUGUUACAGUGUACAAAUGAGCCAAAUGUAUCUAUACCUCAACUAGCGGACCUUCUUAUAGAGCGUACACAACAGACUAGCUGGGUUAUCGUGUUCAAAUCCCUUGUUACCAUUCAUAAUCUAAUGAACUAUGGAAAUGAAAGAUUCACUCAAUACCUGGCAUCAAACAACUGUUCAUUCAAUCUGUCAAAUUUUGUUGACAAAACUGGUGUACAAGGUUACGAUAUGUCAACAUUUAUCCGAAGAUAUGCCAAAUACCUGAACGAGAAAGCCGUUACAUACAGACUGAUGGCUUUUGAUUUCUGCAAAGUAAAGAGAGGUCGCGAUGAUGGUUUGUUACGUACAAUGAAUUCAGAAAAGUUGUUGAAGACUUUGCCAGUUUUACAAAAACAAAUAGAUGCUUUAUUAGAAUUUGACUGUACAGCCAAUGAAUUGACUAAUGGUGUGAUAAAUGCAGGCUUUAUGCUGCUGUUUAAAGAUCUUAUACGUUUAUUUGCCUGUUAUAAUGAUGGUACAAUCAAUUUAUUAGAGAAAUUUUUUGAUAUGAACAAGAAACAAUGUAAAGAGGCAUUAGAUAUUUAUAAAAAGUUUUUAGUGAGGAUGGAUAAAGUCUCAGAGUUCCUAAAAGUUGCUGAGAAUGUUGGUAUAGACAAAGGAGAUAUUCCAGACUUGGCCAAGGGUCUUAUAGGCACUUCCAAAGAUCAUGCACCAUCUAGUUUAUUGGAUGCCCUUGAAGAGCAUUUGAAGUCAUUGGAAGGCAAGAAAGGUGUGGCAACAACAGUUGCACCACCACCAAAACCAUCAGGCUACAACUCGGCCAUCAACCAGAUUGCUGGUAACAGUACAAUACAGGUAUCAGAAGAGGAAAAACGUAAAAUCCUAGAGGAGGAAAGUAAACAACUACAACAAUUAAAGGAAGGGCAUCAGGAUGGUCCUGUCAUUGAUUUAUUGUCUGAUGAACCUCAGGAUCAGAAAGCUAAAGAAACGGGUGCAUCACCUAGUCAGCCGACACCUCCGUCAACAAACAACCCGUUUGUAAGCCCAACAGCGGCCCCUGCUGCACAGACAUCACCUGUCAAACCCAGCGAUGAUUUACUUAAUCUUGAUGAGAAUCCAUUUGUUGAGAAUGUUAAAAGUGUGAUGCAGAUGAAUUCUGGUAUGAAUGCAUUCGGGGCACCAGCCUGGGGACCUCCACCUAUGUCUUCAGGAGGCUUUAAUGACCAAAACGCAUUCGCCCAGUUUCCCAAUGGAACUGGAGGUACAUCAAUGGCUACUCUGGACCUCUCUACUACAACUACGAGUGCUCUACCUUUAAACCCCUCGCCAACAACGGCACCGUCAGUGUCAGAACCAGUAACCUUUGACCCUUAUGGAGCAUUGGUUGACAUGGCAACCAAUGAAGCAGGGGUCACAGCUGAAGGAAUGGGUGGAGCUAUUUUUGGCUCCUCCCCUGGUAGAGAUGAUUUUCAGCAAGGACUAGGUGGUCAGAGUCCAUCAGUACGAAGUAUGAGCCCUGCAGUAGAUGUGUUUGGUGGAGAAUCCCAUCCACCCUCUUCCACCGACUUGUUCCCCACCACGGGACCGUUUGCAACCUCUGAUACUGACCUCACAGGUUUUGAUGCGUUCGGAGAGAUACUACAGCCAGCUAAUAAACAACAACAGGCAGACUCUCAACAACAGCAGAACCUUGGGCAGAAAGACCUGGACUCGAGCCUUGCACUCCUGGCAGGAAAUAUUAGCAUCAACGGAGCUCAGUCCGUCAAAGGCCAACAUCAAUGGCAACCAAAGUCUGACCAGAAGAAGACUGGUGGUAAUAACUGGGCUCCUACCCAGAUGUCACAAGCUACAACCUGGUCACAACCAACCUAUCCACAGACAUCGAUGCCUGGUAUGCAGAUGGGAUAUGGUCAACCUGGCAUGCAGCCAAUGAUGCAAGGGAUGGUUGGACAACCUAUGAUGGGUCAGAUGGCCCCAAUGACAGGCAUGCCCAUGACAGGUAUGCCCCAGAUGGGUAUGGCACAACCUAUGUAUGGAGGUAUAAGACCAGGGAUGGCACCAAUGGGCAUGUCCCAACCAAGACCACCUGUAUCCCAAAGUCAACCAAAUGAUCCAUUCGGGGCAUUGUGAGACUGUUGUACAUGAAUGAGUGAUAUGUAUGAAAUAUAAUGAAUUAAUAUGCUGGCAUAAUUCCAAGUGAGCUCAGGAUUGUAAACGAGAGAUUUUUCAUCGUCAACAUGUAUAUUAAUAUAUGGGGGCGGAGAAACACUAGCUUGUUGAGAUGUCAGUUACAGCAAUAAUUGUGAUGUGUGAGAAGCCGCAGAAUCUCGUGAUCUGUGUGAAAUAUAUGUGUGAUAAUUCUACAAUGUUAAUAUAUACACUUCUGUACAGUUUUAUGAAUCAAUUAAACCAUUUUAUAGACUGAUUUAUGGUAAUACCAACAUUUGAGUAAAUUUUAUGAUAUUAAAGUUGAUGAAAUUGAAUAUUAGCAACUCGGCAACAUCCAGAAGAUAAGAAAUGAAGAAUAUAUAUAACAAGAAAAGAUAUUGUUUGCAUAUAGAAAUAAUGUUGUAUCAAUUUAAGGUUUUAAAAAUUCCUCUGUGUAUUUGAUGAAAAAGUGUGUGUAAAAUUUCAAACAUAUGCAAAUUAUAUGUAUAUGGUCAUUCUUGUUCACAGAGUAUUUUACAUUCCAUUUGUAGCUAGCUUUAAUUAAUGUGAUUCUUUUUGUUUCGGUAUUUUCACCAUUAUUCAGGUUUCUAAAACAUACUCUUUCAAAUCAUAUAUGAAAAUAAUGGGAGCCACAUGGUUUAUGCAAUUUUAGAUUCAGAAUUCAGUUUAUAUAUAUAUACAUGUAGAUAAAAACAUACACAGUUCCGUAUAUAAUAUAGGAUGAAAAGAUGAUACUUCUGUAUUAACUAGCAGACAGUUUGAAAGAUACGUUUGAUUUGACUGAUAAUCAACUGGGAUUUUGGUAUUUUGUGCUAUUAAUACUUUGUUUUAAUUCAUAGUUUUCAAACAUACUUGUGACUACUGACUAUAAAUGAUAGAUUAAACAUUUUAUUCUUGUUAGAUUUACUAUUGUGUGAAAUUUGGGAUUUUCAGCUAAACAUAGAAAUUGAGGGAAGCAUUAUUUAGUCUAGAUUUACAAUGCUUAGUGUCAGGACUGAUCAACUCUGCAUUUCAAAGUUUCCAUCAUUUUAUGAUUUAUUUAUACAAGUCAUAUGUUUUCAUACAUGAAACUGUUCUACGGUAUUAAUAAGUGCUAGAAAAGCAUUCUUAUGGAAUACUAUAAGUUUGAUUAGAUUGUAGAAUAUAUUCAUAAAAUAUAUAAUGAAAUGUUAUAACUAUAUGUAAAUAAAAUUAAGUAUUGAAAUAGUUCUUAUUGAGUCUAUUGUAUGAAUGUGUUCUUCUGUAGUAUACAGUUUUCAAAAUUUAGGUGGGUAAAUGUUGACAUUUUUUGAAGUGGUUGGUGUGUAGUUUAUACUGUGUUUAGUAUGUACAUGUCUGUAGCUAUAUACAUGUACAAUUAUCUAGUGCAAUCAGAAAUGGCAGUUUGAUAAACAGUGUAAGCAGGAUCACUAGCUGAAUGUGUGGGAAUGAGACAGGACAUGCUGAACAGUAAAUGGGUAGGAGAUGGACAGUCGUGUCUCUGUAAUUGAAUGGGCAUGUCUUUGUAAUUGGAUGGGAGGGGGUGUGUUUCUUAUUAGCUGGGUGGGGAAUGGGCGUUUCUUCAUUAUAUUUAUAUCAUAUCUUAUAACUUAGAAACAUUAUUGUGAUAUUAAUGUGUUUUUUUAUUACUCUUCUACAUACUUAUGUAUCAAGUGUUUCUUUCAAGACGUAACAAUCAUGAAAUACACAAAAAGCAAGUUAUUAUUCAUCAAUUAUUUGCAAGAAUUCAAUUAUUGUAAUUAUUUAUAUUCAUGUGAAUGUUUUAUAAAGAAGCUUGAACUUAAAAGUAAAAUGGAGAAACAAAUACAUGUAUUAAUGUGACAAAUUCUGUAUAAUGAAUAUUGUAUAUGACUUGAUUAUUUUAUACUGGACACUUUGAUUUGACUUUCAUGUAUAGGUUAUAUGCAUGUUAAUUUAGGAGCAAGAUCUUGUGACAACAUUCUUUUACAUAAAGAAGUUAAUUUUCCUCUAAAUUUUAGACUGUUGCAUAUACUAUCUGUUGAAUAAACUUUAAGUUGGUUAUUUGUGUGGAGAUACAUAAAUAGAUUUUCUGCAGCAUAUUGUAACAACCUUGAAUUGUGAUUUUAUAAAGCUUAACCUGCUGGCAGCAACAGAUUCUACCCAUGCAACCAAUGCAGACCAAGCUCAACCAUGGUCUAUAGGCUGCACUAUUGAUAGUCAGUCAGUACUUAUUUUGAAAUUUUCCUUAAAAAUAAUAAAUGGUUUUGCCCAGAUAGAAAGACAGACAAUCUCAGAUAUGAUGUUUAGCAUGAUAGGUUAAAGAUAUUAUUGUGACAGGGUUAGAAUUAUAAAACUGAACUGUUCAGCCUUAAACAUGGUGAAACAAGCAGACAAAUAGGAACUAAUAUAUAUGCAAGUUAUGUAUUAGAAUGUUUAUUUAUACUGUUCUAAUUUAUUACUAGGUGUGUAUACUGUAGUUAUAAUCAUUGGGUAAGAAAUCAUGCACACUGUUCUUUACAAUCCUCAUUGAGAUUUUCAACCAUUAUAAUAUGAGCCGCGUCAUGACAAAACCAACAUAGUGCGUUUGCAACCAGCAUGGAUCCAGACCAGCCUGUGCAUCCGCGCAGUCUGAUCAGGAUCCAUGCUGUUCGCUAUCAGUCUCUCCACUUUUAAUAGAAUUGGUAAGCGAACAGCAUGGAACCUGAUCAGACUGCGCGGAUGCACAGGCUGAUCUGGAUCCAUGCUGGUCGCAAACCCAUUAUGUUGGUUUUGUCAUGACACGGCUCAAUUAUAGUUUAUACAUUGUAUUUAUGUGUAAAUGUUUUUACAAUUUGUUCAUACAGUGACCAAAUGUCUUUUAUUUCAUUUGUCUUUUUUUUUGUAUUUUACUGUGAUGUCCAUUUAAUGUGCAUCCAAUAUUUUGUUAGCUUCUUCAAAUUAACUAUGUAAAUAUGCAUCUAUUCUAUACACAUAUACUGUAUAUAUUAUAAGUUAAUGUAUACACUGGUUACCUAUAUCCCUGUCUGUUAUUCUACUUUGUAUCAGUAUAAGAAAACAGAUUAUAUUGUUUGAAUACAAGACUAACAUUACAACUACAUUUUGUGCUAUAUAACAUGUGCUUUGUAACACCAGGUUAUAUGUGGCACUCUGACAUGAUCAUAUAACAUUACUGAAUCAUAUCUGAAAAUAAAACUAAUGUAAGAUACAUAAAGAAAAAAUUCUUUAUUAAAAUAUACACAUGCUACUGUUUAAUUUCAUUUAUAAUUUUUAGCAACUCUAACCUAGCUGCUUAGGUUAUAUAAUUCUUACCCCCAGCAACAGGGGUUAUAUAACUUACAACAGCAACAGAGGUUAUAUAACUUUACUUACCCCCCAGCAACAGGGGUUAUAUAACUUACCCAGCAGCAGGGUUAAUAUACAAGACCAUACCACUCGUCAAAAGUCUUAGUAAAUAAUUUAUAAUAUUGUACAAUUGCUCUUUGAUGAAUGAAAUGAAUAUUUAUUCAUAAAUUUGUGGAAACUGUUUGUAUAAAUAAUGUAAAAGUCGAGAUUGAUUAAUGGAAACUGUUGUUACAUUUGUGCAGUAUUAUAAGUUGUUUACUUAUAUCUAUUUAAAUUUAAAUAAGUGCUUGAAAAAAUUAGUUUGAUUUUGUUUAUUGUAUGUUCUUAUCUACAAUGGAACAUAUUGCUGGCGUCAUAUAACUGAACCAGCAGCUUGGGUAAUAAAAAUUAAAAGCACCAACAGGUGUUGUAUAACAUACCCAACAAAAAACAUCAUGGGUUAUAUAACUUACCCCCUCAGUAACAGGAUUAUAUAACUGACCUAGCAGCUAGGAUUAUAUCACCCCACAACAGUUUAUAUAAGACAGUAGAUUCAUAGAAAGUCUUAAUUAAUAAUUUGUAAUACUGUACAAUUGCUCUUUGAUGAAUGAAAUGAAUGUUUAUUCAUAAAUUUGUGGAAACUGUGUGUAUAAAUAAUGUAAAAGUCAAGAUUGAUUAAUGGAAACUGUUGUUACAUUUGUGCAGUAUUAUAAACUGUUGAUAUAUCUAUUUAAACAAGUGCUUGAAAAAAAAAAUUUGUUAUUCUAUUCUGUUUAUUGUAUGGUCUUAUCUACAAUGACACAUUAUUUAAUACACAUAUUAAUUUAUAUACAAUAUCAAAAGCAACCAGGUUGAAUACACGAGAAAGGAGAGAAUUUUUGUUUUUAAUAUUUGUUUCUAAAUCAUGCACUGUUUUAAUAUAACUAAGCUAUACUAUAUUAUAGUGAUUUGCUAAUCUGGCACACCUAAGCAUUAUGAUGAGACUUCUUUUGACUGUUAACUUGAACAUACUGAUAAUGAUACAUGUAGCAUUAAACAAAUGGACAAUUCAAAAUUGAGAGCAAGAAAAUUGUAUUACAAAAACUUAUAUAGGUAAAAGUUAAUUUAAUUAUAUUCUAACUUCUUGCUUUUACAUGAAAGGAGAAGUUUAUUAGUGAAGCACUUGCUAGGUUUUGUGCACAUGGAAUGCUAGUCAUCACGGACUGUGUUAAUGUAUUUCUACAUAUAGAAGUCUUAGUGCCAUACUCUGAUAAAAUAUUUGAUGGUAUUGAAUCUACUACAAGUAUUGUUGAAAUAUACUAGUACAGCAUUUUUCUUUGCCCUAUUAGUUCAUUGUUAAAGCAUAUACAUUUAUUGCAGCUUUGUGACUAUGACCAUACUUAUUAUUUUAAUAGGUGGGAAAAAAACAAUCUUUAAUCAUAUUGAAUGCUGAUAAUAAAAUUAAGUUUUAAUUGCAUGCUUGUAAUGAAAUUAGUUUUAAAACUGUUACACAUAGAAGUUUAUUUUUCUUUUGCAAUUUCAUACAUCCUCCAAGGCUACAAAAUUGAUCAGUAUUUUCACAUGAUGAAAUGGGAGGCAACUCUUUUUCCAUUCUUGAAAUACAAAGGGAGGCCACUGUAGGUAAUAUCAGGGGAGACAACUAUAAUACAGUUUGUAGCAUUAUUGUUAACAGUAGUUUUUGUUGUUAUUACCGAGCAUAAAUCAUUGGUUCAUUUUUUCUGUGACAGUACAUUAUGUUAAUGUUAUUGUAAUUGUUAUUAGCGCUAUAAUCAUGUCACAAAAUGUUGUGUAUCAUAGACAAUGAAUAAAAUAUCAAAAAGUA